CAUGCCUUCCACCAGUACCAAGAUAGGCCAUGGCCUUGCCAAAGUCCUCGGUAUCGACCUGCAUUACCGCCACGAGACCGGCUCCGACCGCGUCACUCGAGGCGAGAGUGUCUUUUCCAUCGAUUCCGCAAACACCUAUGUCGAGGAAGAACCAACCGCUCUGGAAUGGCUUCACGAAGUCUUGCCAACCGGCCAGGGAAUCCUCACCUACAUCAUCCAGCUCUUCCCCUUCUUGAGAUGGAUCACCCGCUACAACGUUCAGUGGCUCCUUGGCGAUCUGGUAGCAGGUAUCACCGUCGGCGCUGUUGUUGUUCCCCAGAGUAUGGCCUAUUCAAAGCUGGCUCAGCUUCCUCCGGAGUUUGGCCUGUAUUCAUCAUUCAUGGGUGUUCUGAUCUACUGGUUCUUCGCUACUUCCAAAGAUAUCACCAUUGGCCCCGUAGCCGUCCUGUCAACUGUCACCGGAAACGUUGUUACAUCGGCUCUGGAAAAAUUGCCCGAAGGCACACCCCCCGAGUAUAUCGCGUCCUCUCUUGCUGUCAUUGCUGGCUCCAUUGUCUUGUUUCUCGGAUUGGCUCGCCUGGGAUGGGUCGUCGAAUUCAUCUCCUUGCCUGCCAUCUCAGCCUUCAUGACAGGUUCCGCCAUCAGCAUCGCUGUUGGCCAAAUACCGGCCAUGAUGGGCAUCAAUAACCUAUUUUCCACGCGAGAUGCCACCUACCUGGUCUUCAUAAACACACUGAAGCAUCUCGGGAGCUCCAACUUGAACGCCGCCAUUGGAUUGACGGCACUAGUCAUGUUGUAUGCGAUUCGGACCAUCUGUACUUUGCUUGCCAAAAGGUAUCCGAGCCGCGCCAAAACCUUCUUCUUCGUCAGCACUCUGAGGACCGCAUUUGUCAUUCUGCUCUACAUCCUCAUCAGCUACUUGGCAAACCGCAAUCACCGGAAGAAGCCACUGUUCUCAGUCCUCGGCAACGUUCCACGAGGGUUCAAGCACGCUCGAGUGCCCCCCAUUACCACUCCCAUCAUCAAAUCAUUCUUGGGCGAACUCCCGUCGACCGUCAUUGUGCUUCUCAUUGAGCACAUCUCCAUUUCCAAGUCUUUCGGCCGAGUCAACAAUUACACCAUCGAUCCUUCCCAGGAACUUGUAGCCAUCGGUGUUACAAAUGUUCUCGGUCCGUUUUUGGGCGCGUAUCCCGCCACUGGGUCUUUCUCUCGUACUGCUAUAAAAUCCAAAGCGGGUGUCAGGACGCCAUUUGCUGGUGUGAUUACUGCGGUCAUCGUUCUUCUUGCAAUUUACGCUCUUCCAGCCAUGUUUUGGUACAUCCCAAACGCCGGGCUUGCCGCUGUGAUUAUUCAUGCAGUCCUGGAUUUGAUCACUCCCCCCAACACCGUCUAUCAGUUCUGGAGAAUUUCACCUCUGGAAGUGAUUGUUUUCUUCGCGGGAGUCAUUGUAACCGUAUUCACUACCAUUGAGAUUGGCAUCUACGUCACUGUCUCAGCCUCUGCAGCGAUUUGGUGGUUCAGGACAUUCAAAGCACGAGGCCGAUUCCUUGGGAAAGCCAAGAUCCAUUCCGUCAUUGGCGACCACCUUCUGCACCCCAACGAGAAUGACAAAGAAGCCGAACGUUCCCCUCGCCGAAACCCUGUCGAAGGCAAAGACUCUGUACGCAGUGCAUUCUUGCCCAUCGAUCAUCACGAUGGCAGCAACCCUAUGAUUGAGCUUGAAGAUCCUUAUCCUGGUAUUUUCAUCUAUCGUUUCGCAGUCGGCUUCUUUUACCCCAACGCAAAUCAUCACCUGGAUACGCUCGUACACACAAUCUUCCAAAAGACUCGCCGUACAAACCCCGCCACGUACGGAAGGCCUGGUGAUCGUCCAUGGAAUGAUCCAGGUCCCAGGAAGGGCAAGGAGGUCGAUGAGACGGAUAAUCGUCCAACCUUGAAAGCCAUCAUUCUCGAUUUCUCGGCCGUCGACACUGUGGAUCUCACAUCGAUCCAGAAUUUGAUUGAUGUCCGCAACCAGCUUGAUCGUUUUGCCGCGCCUGAUACAGUAGACUGGCACUUUUGCCACAUCAACAACCGCUGGACCAAGCGUGCACUGGCAGCGGCCGGAUUUGGCUAUUACACACCCGAUGCUGAAGGUUCUGAGAUCCACCGCUGGAAACCCAUUUUCAGUGUUGCCGAGAUUGGUGGUCCUCACAGCGCUGCUGCCGAGGCCGAAGCUCGGGAGAACAGGAGGGCUUUGAAAGCAGCAGCACAGCGCGAUACCGAAGCGGAUGGUAUUGACGAUCGCAUAGCUGCUUCAUCGGCUAGCUCCGAAGAAGAGUCUCUGGAUAAGCAACUUUCGCACAGCAAGGCUUACGGAGCCGUCACCACGAAGGCAUCCACGAUUGCGGUUGUACAAGGCUUGAAUCGGCCAUUGUUCCACCUCGAUAUCCAGGGAGCGAUGGAGAGUGCGCUUGCAAACGCACAGAGAAAGUCGCAUUAGAGGCAUUGGUUCACCGUUGUUUAUACAUGGUUGCUUUUUAUAUAUAUGAUUCCCCCUUAAGUUAUGUAGUUGAUUGAUCUAUUGAUUUGUUAUUUCGAUGCAUACAAGUGUAGGCUCGAAUCUUGUUCAGCUUGGCUGUCUUCAAAUAUUGGCGUGAUGUGCAAUGUAUAAUAUGUAUCCAUGGCAGAUCGGUACCUCUCGAG